UCAAGAAAAUGCAAUGGCCGCCAUCUUCGACUCUUGUGAAUGUUUUGGUCGUAGUUACGAACUUUGAGGCCUGUUUCAUUUGUGAUAUGCAAUUAUUUGAUGGAAAUUGUUUCGCUACAUUUCACAUGAAAUAAAUUUGGAGGCCGAGGUGCUCUCCAAGGCGUCAUCUCGGGCUUGACCCAAGAUGAUAGUAUUUACAGUAUGUCAGCUACAUCAGAAUAUGAACCAGUGGCCCGGCAAGAUUACGGGCCGGCCACCUCCAGUGAAAAUGUGUAUGAACAUGUAUUGGAACAUAAACUAACAGAUACUAUGAACGUACCAAAUGUUAGACCCCCUGUCUUGAGGGCAGUUCCACUGUCUCCCACUGAGGGCGACCCAGAGCCAGACUCCACUAAUCCUGAAAGCAUUAUUCAAUCUGUACACAAAGUAGAUAAAGAAGUAGAAUAUCACAUCGCUGAGAAAAGGUGUGAUACAGAGAUGUCAGUAGACUCCAUUUCUGGGAUUGUCAGAAUAGAGGAGACUAUCGAUAAUGUGAGUCACAUUGCCUACCCCAUAAUACAAGAAGCAGAUGACUCAAACGAUGGCAACUAUGUUGAAAACUCAGCAACACUCAUUCAAGCCCCCUUGAAUACGGCAAUCGUACACAACGUUGCGAAACUGCCCCAGAACUUCACAAUAAAUGUUGAUCCGUCAGUGGCCAACAUCACAGCGAUACACAAUGUCUCUCAAGACGUUUCUGGGGGCCAAACUCUAUGGCUGCCCACAAUCCUUGCUACCAGUGCAACUUCAGACAGUAAGAACGACGAGGAUCGCCCACAGGCCGGCGUUUCUCAAAUAAUUAUAAGCGACAGUUACGUUAAUGACGCCAGCCAGGCGGGCCGCAGAGCGAAUAUCGUUACAGAAACUAGUUAUAUUAGCAGACCUAAGACUUCGAAAGUUCAAAUACUAAGCAAUAUAUCUCUUCCCAAAAGUGCUAACUAUUCCCAACAGUAUAUCACUCAGAGUAAAGAGAUCACAACCCCUGUUUACGGAACUCAGAAUCAUAUUUAUAAGUUGGGUCCCAACGUAGUGUCCCAGAAGCAUUUAGGUAACUCGGUGCUUUGCACAAAACCUCAGAAGAACCAGUCGUUGAUCGGGUGUUCGACGUUAUCACCCAACGUACUGAACAGCAGUCCAGUGAAAAGCGUUUCCUACAGCCACUCCUUCGCGAAAGGCACAAACUUAAACAAAACGCUGAACAAAGUAAACAACGGUGCUAACAUAAACGCUAUGGUGGCCGCAUCGUCCGGGAACACGCAAUGCCAUAUUUUAUCGCGCGUCGUGUCCGGGCCCAACAAGAUGUCGGUCCACUCGGGAAGAAAGUCCGUCAACACGUUCAAGAGCUCGAAGAGCUCGAGCCAGGUGUCCGCUCAGAAGAAUCAGUCGAGGGCGAUCAAAAUAAUACAGCAGACCGGGACCGUCAACAAGUCCGAGACCAAGACCUGGCCCGUUGCCAGCGUGACGUACAAGGCGCAACAGCCGGCGUACGGCGUAGUCGAAGCGAGUCCGUCGAAGAUAAUACAGAAGGUCGGCAGUCCGACCAAUAAGGCUCCGCAGCCGAUGUCGUUGCAGAAGUUUCCCGCGAAAGGCGAGCGCCUCGUGCUCCAGUCGCCGUGCGGGCCCGUGCUCAUCUCCACCGCGCCCAUCAGCACCAGCCUGGGCAAAGCGCCCCACUACGUCCAAUCCGGCGCCACCCCCAACCUGCGCUACGUUCAAACCUAUGGCACAGCCGACAACCCGCUCACUACGGUGUCCCAGGUGUCGGCCAAUCAACAAUUGACCGCGCAAAUACUGCAGUCGCUGUCGCAGCCCAAGCUCAUGCUCGCACCGGCGCCGCCCGCGAUCGUCACCCACUCCCCGCCCGCUCCGACAGUUUUGCCCGCGGAGGAACCGCUGGAAAUCAAACCGAGCGGCAACAACCAGAGGAGGAUCGUAUUCGGGGACAAAUCGACCCUACUCACGGCCGACGACAUAAUAGGAAUGGAGGAGAGACCGAACCUGUCCGAGGAGCUGCGCCGGUACUCGUUCCAGUCGCUCGCGCUCAUAAUGCUGGACCACACGUACUCGCUGCCCGCGCAGAAGCAGCCCGCGCCCGCCUCGCCCGCCCCCGCGCCCGCGUCCGCGUCCGCCCCCGCGCCCGCCAGCCCGCUCAGGCGCACCUCGCCCGUCAUCGUGCCCGCGCCCGCGCCCGCCCAUGACGCGCCCGCACCCGUCGCCGCACCAAUAAUCGCGGCCCCGCCCGCCGCGCCGCUUGCGCCCGAGCCGCCGCCGCAGCCCGCGCCAGACGACGACGCCGCCUCCGUCAUCUCGUCGCUCGACGGCGAGCGGCCGGCGCAGGGCGGCAGCGACACGGAAACGGCGCCCGAGGGCGAGGACGAGGGCAGGACGCGCUGCAUCUGCGACUUCACGCACGACGACGGCUACAUGAUCUGCUGCGACCGCUGCGGCGAGUGGCAGCACGUGGACUGCAUGGGCGUCGACCGCGCCAACAUCCCCGACGCCUACAUGUGCGCGCUGUGCCAGCCGCGCGCCGUGGACCGCCGCCACGCGCGCGCCAUCCAGCUGCGCAAGCGCGAGGAGCUCAGCGCGCUCGGCGCCUCCGACACCGACUCGUCGGACGGCCGCGCGCCCGGCCCGCGCCGCAAGCGCCUGCUCACCGUCACCACCUACACCGACACCUCCGGCGCGUGCGUCACCACCUACAACUCCAGCCUGCCCGCGCUGCCGCCGCCGCCGCAGCCGGCGCUCGCGCUGCCCAAGCGCGGCCCCAAGCGGCCCAGGAAGGCCGAGGCGGUGCGCAAGGGCGCCAAGCGGAAGCUGGUCGAGAAGCGCGUCAAGCGCAAGAAGGAGAUGCUCAUGAACCGGAGCAAGUACGCCUCGGGCGUGGCGAGCCAGGCCAGCCACUGGCAGGAGGCCUUCGAGCUCGCCGUCACCAACCACUACAGCCCCGAGCUGCGCGCCAAGAUCGUGAAGUACAGCGGCCGGCUCGGCAACACGCCCAACAUGGCGUCCGCCGUCACCGCGCACCUGUGCACCAACGUCCCGCACGCCGGCGGGAAGAUACUCAUCGCCACCAAGGACCUCAAGGAGAACACUCCGAUCAUAGAACUCCGCGGCAAGUACAUGCUGUCGAACCAGCACCGGCCCCAGCUUCAGAACUCCGCCCGCGCCGGAAGUCAGAAGCCGGGACCGUUCGUGUUCUUCUACAGACUGCCCAAAGACAACACUCAGAUAUGCAUCGACACGAGGACGUACGGCAACGAAGCCCGAUUCGUCCGGAGGUCGUGCAAGCCGAACGCGGAACUGCAGCACUGCAUCGUCAAGGGCGCCCUGCACGUGUAUCUCGUGACCAUAGGUAUAAUCCAGUCCAACACCGAGAUAACCAUCGGCCACGACACGGACGGCAGCAAGCAGCCGUGCGCGUGCGGCAACCCCAAACAUUGCAAGAUCAACGGCCUCAGCCCGAUGAUGACCAGAAAGAGCGUCGAUUACCCGCCCCGAGAGAAGAGAAGUAGAAACAGGUGCCUUAGCUCAUCCUCUCCGAUGUCACCGCCCCUGGAGCCGCCGUCGACGCCCGUCAAGGUGUUUCCCCCGAGCCUUCCGAUCAAGACCGAGAAGAAGUCUCCGGUGAAGCACGAGUACCCGCCGAUGUCGCCGGUCAAGCUGCCGCUGCCGGCCGCGCUGGCCUGCGACGAGCCGCUCAAAGCGGAGCCGCCCGUCGUGGAGGACGUGAAGCCGGUGAUAGAUCUUAUCGCCAAAGAGGAGCUGAAGCCCGAGAUCGACGAGCCAGACUUUGUCAAAUCCGAGCCCAUAGUUGAGGAGAAGCCCGAGGAGCCGGUCUUGAAAACUGUCAUUGAAAAAGUGAAGGCUCCUGCGGAACCGGAGCCGAUUAUUGAAGAACCGAAACCUCAGAAACCUCAAGUUGAAGAAGUUAUAAAAGAGGAGGUGAAACCUGAGCCCGAGCCCGUUUCGUCCGACGACGAGAAGCCCGAACUCCCGGAGUUGAAGGAGAAAGAACGGGAGAGGGAGAGAAAGCCGAAGGACGAACCGAAAUCGGAGCCGAAAAUCGAGCCGAAGAUUGAGGACGAAAGACCGAUGACGCGGGAACUUGCCGCCAAAUCGGCUUGUCACGAUCGCUCAUCGCGCUCCAGCCGCACGUGCGUCAAUCAGGACAGCUUGGAUGACAAGACUGACGACUCUCAGGAUAAAAUACAAACUGUCAGCAAAGAUAAAGACAAGAAGAAAAUGACUCGAGAGGAGCGCAAAAUGGAGGCGAUAAUGAAAGCGUUUGAGCGGAUGGAGAAGGCACAACAACGCAAACAGGAGGUUAAGGAGCGGCAGCGGCGCCGCGAGUCCGACCCGCCGCCUGGCGCCGACCGCGAUGACGACGACGACCAUGCCGCCACCAAGAGGCGCCGCAAGGUCCAUGAUUAUGUGAAAGAGCGGCAGCGGCGCCGCGAGUCCGACCCGCCGCCUGGCGCCGAUCGCGAUGACGACGACGACCAUGCCGCCACCAAGAGGCGCCGCAAGGUCCAUGAUUAUGUGAAAGAGCGGCAGCGGCGCCGCGAGUCCGACCCGCCGCCUGGCGCCGAUCGCGAUGACGACGACGACCAUGCCGCCACCAAGAGGCGCCGCAAGGUCCAUGAUUAUGUGAAAGAGCGGCAGCGGCGCCGCGAGUCCGACCCGCCGCCAGACGACGACGACGACCAUGCCGCCACCAAGAGGCGCCGCAAGGUCCAUGAUUAUGUAAAGGAGCGGCAGCGGCGCCGCGAGUCCGACCCGCCGCCCGGCGCCGAUCGCGAGGACAACGACGACCAUGCCGCCACCAAGAGGCGCCGCAAGUUCCAUGAUUAUGUAAAGGAGCGGCAGCGGCGCCGCGAGUCCGACCCGCCGCCCGGCGCCGAUCGCGAGGACAACGACGACCAUGCCGCCACCAAGAGGCGCCGCAAGUUCCAUGAUUAUGUAAAGGAGCGGCAGCGGCGCCGCGAGUCCGACCCGCCGCCCGGCGCCGAUCGCGAGGAUAACGACGACCAUGCCGCCACCAAGAGGCGCCGCAAACGCAAAGGCCGCGCGCGCACGACGUCACAAUCCAACCGGCGGCGACUAAACUCGGCCGACAGCGACAUGGUGACGUCAGGCGACGAGGGCCCGCCGCUGUCGCCGCCGCGCGCGCCGCUGCACCCGCUCCCGCACCCCCUUUCACACCCCGAACCGCAUCCAGCGGUCACCGACACGGCGCAUGAGGACCUCGGCCUAAGCUCGGCGUGCCUGCUAGUCGAGGCGGCCGUGGGCUCCGUGGAGUCCGCCUUCAAGCUGCCCAAGACCAAGAAGACGAUGGCCACCGAGUGGGUCGGGCGCUCGCCCGAGCGGACGCCUUCUCCCUACCGCUCGCCCUACCGGCCUGCCCUCGUCGCCGCGCCCUCGCUCGAGAGCCUUGUCCAGACGCCUUCUCCCUACCGCUCGCCCUACCGGCCUGCCCUCGUCGCCGCGCCCUCGCUCGAGAGCCUUGUCCAGACGCCUUCUCCCUACCGCUCGCCCUACCGGCCUGCCCUCGUCGCCGCGCCCUCGCUCGAGAGCCUUGUCCAGACGCCUUCGCCCUACCGCUCGCCCUACCGGCCUGCCCUCGUCGCCGCGCCCUCGCUCGAGAGCCUUGUCCAGACGCCUUCUCCCUACCGCUCGCCCUACCGGCCUGCCCUCGUCGCCGCGCCCUCGCUCGAGAGCCUUGUCCAGGUCGCAUCGACCAUGAUAGGGGACCUGAGCGCGGGGCACGAUCUCGAGGACGAUCCGAGUGCGUCGCCGCCACGCACUCCGGCGCGCGACCGUUCCAAGCCUCCCAAGAAGGCCAGGCGGGUCACCCGUAGCACGCCAGAAGCCGCGCCCACCGUGCAGCCGCAGCACAGCGCCAAGAAGCGCUGGCUCCGGCAGGCCAUCAGCGAGGAGAGCGACUCGCCUUCCGCAGAAUCUCCCCCCAACGAAAUGGUGACACCGUUAAAGAAGAGAAGAUUAGCGAGGGAAUCGUUGUCUUGCGAACAGAACAUCAUUGUGCCUUGCCACGAGGAAGCUUCGCCCGUGUUAACGUCCGAGGAUUCGCCGGUAAAGGACGACCCUCAAGCGUACAGCAGACAGUACAAAAUGAGGAACAUAAUGGAGGGCAUCUACGGCAGAGACCGCACGCGCUCCGACAGCGGCCAGGGCUCCGACGAGCAGGGCGCCGACCACGACGCGCUCGCCGUCAGCCUCGGCGCCGCCGACAGCGAGCACAUCCGCAGGAUCAUCGGCGUGCCCACGCCCGAGGACGAAUUGCCCCCCGACCUCAAACCCGACGACUUCAAAACCAACAACAACAACGUCGAGACCGAGGACACCAACUACACCAAAGUGGUCCCCAUGGAGAUCGACACCACGAUACCUACGCAGCUCAAGAUACAGGAAAACGACAACCUCGAGGUGAAAGGCAUCGACAGCCCGACCGACAAGCCCAACAGCUGCCAGUCCGCCGACACCAGCGGCAACUCGUCGCCGCAGCGGGACGAGAUGGACGACAUCCAGAAGAAAAUCCACUCGUUUCACACGGAAAACAUACUCAUACUCAAAAGCAGGAACAAAAAACCGCCGAAGGAGAAACGGAAGAAGGUGAACUUGAACUUCGAUCUCAACAUGGUCGACGACCAGAUCAGUAUUCAGCUGCGCACCGAGAACGACUCCAACUCGAAGUCGCCGGAGAUCAACGGAGACGCGCAGGACGAGAUGGGCAACUCGAUACACGACGACAAGCUGCACGUCUCGCCCGAGAACAUCCCGCUGCCUCCGGUCGAGUCGAUACCUCUCCCGGCGCCCGAGAACAUACCCCUUCCCGAGGAGCCGAGCCCGCCGCCUGUGGCUUUAAUCCCGCCACCGGAGACGAUACCUUUACCGGAGGAGCCGAUGAAACCGAUGAUAAAAGUCAUCCAAGCCAUCCGGCCUGCCUCGCCCGUCGUCGAGAAAGUGGAGGAGCCGAAACCGAUCGGCGGCCUCGAGCGGCCGUCGGUUCUCGACAACUCCACGCUGCCGUUCUCCUCCCGCUUCAGCUCGACGGGGUUAUUCUCGGGCAUCUUCAGCAACAUCACGCAGUCCUUCAACGUGGACCCCGGCCCGAUCAACGAAAACGUGCCCAGCAUGUCGAUAAUAAAGAGUGCGAUAGACAGGACUACAAGUUUAGACAGUAGCUUAUUCGACAAGGACAGUGUUACGCCAGUGGACGAGUUGAAAAGCGUCCAGGAGAUAUUGACGCGAGUGAACAAUAUGGACUCUAAUAAUAGUGUGAUUCUGUCGGGAGUGCUGAAGAGUUCGAACAAGGCGAGCCUUCUGGCGCCGCCCAAGCCGGCCGGGGCCAAGCCCUACUGCCCGCGCAAUAACGACCCCCGCCUAAACCCUCCGCCUGUUGAGAAACCCAAGCCCGUCAGAAGAAAGCUCUCUAUAACCGAGUACCGAAAGCGGCAGUGCGGCGCGGCCGGCGGCGACGACAGCGGCAGCGGCGGCGCCGGCGCCGCGGAAUCGGCGCCCGACUGGUCUUCUGGUUCCUCCGCCGGCGCCGAGCUGUCUCCGCAGCGGUUAGACGCCGCCGCCGCCGCAGCUGUGGAUGACCUUGAGCAGCGCCUGCAUCGGGAGCUCGCCUGCAUGCCCAAGGAAACAUUUUCACUUCAAUGUUUUCUGCCGCGACACUAUGACCUUGACCACAUCGCCAUUGUUGAAAAUAGUCCGGAAAACCUUAACAAAACCCAAUACAGACUAAAAGGCUUGAUAAAUGAUAAGUUGUAG